AUGCCUCGAGAAUUAAUAACAAUACAAACUGGCCAAUGUGGCAACCAAAUUGGAAUGGAAUUCUGGGGACAGCUUUGUGCUGAGCACGGUAUAAGUCAAGACGGAAUACUUGAAGACUUUGCGACUGAGGGCGGAGACCGUAAGGAUGUGUUCUUUUACCAGGCUGAUGAUGAACAUUAUAUACCGAGAGCUCUACUGCUAGAUUUAGAACCUCGAGUAAUAAACAAUAUCCUAGCUUCAAAAUAUGCCAAUUUAUAUAAUCCCGAAAAUAUAUUUUUAUCAAAAGAUGGUGGUGGGGCAGGAAAUAUUUGGGCAUAUGGAUUUUCUCAAGCUGAGAAAGUUUGCGAGGAUAUAUUUGAAAUGAUUGAUCGUGAAGCAGAUGGAAGUGAUUCACUCGAGGGAUUCAUGCUACUUCAUUCGAUUGCUGGUGGAACAGGAUCUGGGAUGGGCUCGUUUUUGCUUGAAAGGUUGAAUGAAAGAUAUCCCAAAAAACUGAUACAAACGUACUCGGUGUUUCCAAAUAACGAAGAAGUUUCUGACGUAGUUGUGCAGCCUUAUAAUAGUAUUUUAACACUAAAGAGAUUGACCGAAAAUGCUGAUUGUGUGAUUGUUCUGGAUAAUGCAGCUUUGACGCGAAUCGCGAGUGAUAGGCUUCAUAUCCAAAAUCCGACUUUUGCUCAGACUAAUCAGCUGGUAUCGACUGUGAUGUCGGCCAGCACCACAAUGCUCCGCUAUCCUGGCUAUAUGAAUAAUGAUCUUGUGGGGAUGAUAGCAUCGUUAAUUCCUACUCCAAAAUGCCAUUAUUUGAUGACCGCAUAUACUCCAUUCACAAGUGAUCAAGUGGAAAAAGCAAAAUCUGUUCGUAAAACUACGGUACUUGACGUAAUGAGACGGCUAUUACAACCAAAAAACAAAAUGGUCUCUACAAAUCCGUCAAAAAAGAGUUGUUACAUUUCUGUUUUGAAUAUUAUUCAGGGAGAAGCUGAUCCAACUGAUGUUCAUAAAUCUCUAUUACGUAUUCGUGAACGACGAUUGGCGCAGUUCAUCCCUUGGGGUCCUGCUAGCAUUCAGGUAGCUUUAACAAAGAAAUCACCAUAUGUUCAAACUUCACAUCGGGUGAGCGGAUUAAUGUUGGCUAAUCACACGAGCAUUACUUCGCUGUUAAAGCGUACUUGUGAUCACUAUGAUCGUUUCAGAAAACGUGGCGCAUUCUUGGAACAAUAUAAAAAAGAAGAUAUGUUUGCAGAUAGUCUUGAAGAAUUUGAUAUUGCAAGGGAAUCUGUUCAAAAUCUUAUGAAAGAAUAUGAAGCUUGUGAAAGUCCUGACUAUAUUAAUUAUGGAAUUAAUAAAAGUUGA